AAUCAGUCCUUUGAAGGUUGGGAACUAUACGCGAAGCUCGAGAUAGUCUUAUAGCCUGUCAUUGUGGUCUUCAGUGAUCCCCGCGUGAAAAAUGGAGCUUUUUUAGGGUUAGGGUUUCGAUUGGUGCUCUCCAGCUGCGGCAUGUUUUGUGGUGAACUGGUAAUGGGGAUGCAUUACAGGUCAUAGUUGUCCAUCUCUAUGAUGCUUGGAGCAUAAGAUCAAAUAGCAGUCACCAGUUUCUUCUUACAUCCCCUGGUCCAUGGAAAACAGAGCUCUUCGUGCCAUUUUUCAGAUACUAUUCUGGUUGAUUCUGAGUAAGUUUUGUUGUGGGACACCAACAGAUCUUCAAUGUUUAAAUCUCUUGAAACAAUCAGUUAAAGACCCCAAUAAUAACCUUGCAUGGAAUUUCGACAACAAAACCGAGGGAUCCAUAUGCAAGUUAAAUGGUGUAGAGUGUUGGCAUCCUGAUGAAAACAGGGUCCUUAAUUUGAGGCUCUCUAACAUGGGACUUGAAGGUAAAUUCCCCUCCGGGUUGCAGAAUUGCACAAGCUUGACCGGAUUGGACCUUUCGAACAAUAACUUCACCGGACCUAUUCCCACUGAUAUAGCAGUACAGCUGAAGUUUGUCACAAUGCUUGAUCUCUCCUACAACCACUUCUCUGGUGACAUUCCACCAAACCUGUCUGAUUGUAGCUAUUUGAAUGUUAUUAAUCUUCAGGAUAACAGACUGACUGGGCCAAUUCCUUGGCAACUAAGCCGUCUGAAUCGACUCACAACACUAAACGUUGCAGACAACUUGCUGUCAGGACAAGUUCCUUCGUUUGUGAAUAAUAUAUCGAGUACUAACUUAGGAAAUAAUCCUGGGCUUUGUGGAAAUCCUUAUAGUGCUUGCACGGCCACUAAUAAGAAGGAUAGCACUGGAGUAAUCAUUGGAGCAGCGGUUGGUGGUGUGUUGUUUGCCUUCAUUGUAGCUGCAGUUAUUUUAUUCUUCUGUUGCCGCAGAGUAUCUAUCAAAAAGAAGGAAAAGGAUGUAGAAGAAAACCAAUGGGCGAAGAGUAUCAAGGGAACCAAAGCAAAGGUUUCCAUGUUUGAGAAGUCGGUUUCAAAAAUGAAAUUUAGCGAUCUCAUGAAAGCAACUAAAGACUUCAGCAAAGAGAAUAUUAUCGGUACGGGAAGAACAGGCACUAUGUACAAAGCAACACUUACUGAUGGCUCUUUCCUCAUCAUCAAGAGGCUGCAGGAUACUCAACACUCUGAAAAGGAGUUCAUGUCCGAGAUGUCAACGUUGGGAAAUGUUAAGCAUCAAAACUUAGUUCCCCUCAUGGGCUUUUGUAUAGCCAAGAGUGAACGGUUGUUAGUCUAUAAACACAUGGCGAAUGGAACCCUUCAUGAUCAGCUGCAUGUUCGAGAUUCCGAGAAGAAACCAAUGGAGUGGCCAUUGAGGUUGAAAAUUAGUAUCGGAGCAGCAAGAGGACUAGCAUGGCUUCACCACAAUUGCAAUCCCCGGAUUCUUCAUCGAAACAUAAGUUCUAAAUGCAUACUAUUGGAUGAGGACUUUGAGCCUAAAAUUUCAGACUUCGGCCUCGCAAGACUUAUGAAUCCAAUUGACACCCACCUUAGCACUUUUGUGAAUGGCGAGUUUGGAGACUUGGGUUAUGUGGCCCCAGAAUACGCCCGGACGCUCACGGCCACUCCAAAGGGCGAUGUCUACAGUUUCGGGACAGUUCUACUUGAGUUGGUUACCUGUGAAAGACCUACACAGGUCUCUAAUGCCCCGGAAAAUUUCAAAGGCAAUUUGGUGGAAUGGAUCACUUAUUUAUCAAACAAUUCGCUUAUUCAGGAUGCCAUCGACAAGUUUUUAAUCGGUAAGGGAUAUGAUAGUGAGCUCCUCCAAGUUCUUAAAGUCGCAUGUGCUUGUGUUCUUUCUGCACCAAAAGAGAGGCCAAGUAUGUUCGAGGUAUACCAGCUUCUUAGAGCCAUCGGCGAGAGGUAUCAUUUUACUGCUGACGAUGAUAUACUGAUGCAACCCGAGAGCACUGACACCGGUUAUCUUGACGUACUUAUUGUGGCACAGUAAUGAAAAAUUCAAGCAAUGUGAUUGCCUGAUAGUAUGAGCGAAGACGACGGAAAAUUUCAAAGUAUAUAUAUAUGUUGAUAACUUCAGUGCCGAUUGUAGGAAACACGAUAAUCGCCUAAUAAUGUCAUUGUGUAUCAGUUAGAUAUUGAUCAAGUGUUAUCUUUUUUUCGGUUUAUGGGGAGUUAUCACUUGUGUAUAUUGGCUAGCCAUUCAAAAACUCAAGUGUGGGUUAAGGUAUGUGCUGUGGGUAUUUGUAGUUCUUAUGCCUUUUAGGGCUUCUAAUAAUUACCAAGGCUCUUUUAACA